CGCGUGGAUGUGGUACACACGAUCAUCGCCUCGGGAUCGCUGCCGGGCUCAAGCUUAAGAGAGACACUUAAGGCUUCGUGGAGCGAAAGUGUGGCCACCGCAGUAUCUCCCCGACACGUCCGGGCGCUGGUCACACGCAACAGACAACGCAGGACGAGGUGCGCCCUACGCAUCGAACUGCCCCAAAACUGUGUUGUUACGUCCUGUCCAAAAAUAAGUGUGUCUUGUGUAAUCGUGCGAUCGAACGAAAGCGAAGGGGAUUUGUUGGUUUACAACUGCUUGGCCCCUUCAUAACGAACAACUGUGAUACUCUCGAUUCUGCAAAGGAACUGAUUCCAUAACCCGCUGCUACGGGGUGUCGUGUCGGGUGCUUGUCUGUCAGCGAUCGAUCGAGACAGGAUCAAAUCCUCCCGAAGUUCUGCACCAUGGAUUUCCUUCAGCAGAUGAAUCUUACCGACUUUACGAUCUACGAUCUGUUCAACGUCAAGGGUGUCGAGGAACACAUCGACGAGUACCCUUUGAUGGCAUCGCCAGUACCGAGCACCAUUCUGAUUGCCAUAUACCUCUACUUCAUCUACAAAUACGGCCCAAGCUAUAUGGAAAAUCGGAAACCAUACAAUCUGCGCUGGAUCAUCGCGGCGUACAAUAUUUUCCAAGUGUUUGCAUGCACCUUCCUGGUACUGAAUUACAUCAAGGUAGGGUUCAAGUUCCGGUUCAUCGGUAGAUGCACACCCAAGCUGCCGGUGACGGCGUACGAGCACGGUCUGGAUGCGGUGUACUAUGGGUGGCUCGCGAUGUGCCUCCGGUUGGUUGAGUUCAUCGAGACGGUGUUUUUCGUGUUGCGCAAAAAGCAGAACCAGGUGUCGGCGCUACACGUGUACCAUCACAUCAGUACCUUCCUCAUCGUCUGGUGGAGCCUGAAGCUGAGUUUGUCGUACCAGGAGAUGUCCAUCAUGGUGCUCAACUCGAUCGUGCAUAUCAUUAUGUACUCGUACUACUUUCUGUCGUCGUUCAAAGCCUGCCAGCCGCUCACGGGCCGCAUAAAGCCCGCCAUCACCAUCAUACAGCUGGCGCAGCUCGUCACGAUGCUGGUGCACGUCCGGGCCGCCCUUCAGCCGACGUGUGCGGCCAACAAAACGAUCUACAUGCUCCACGCCGUCAAUCUCGUCAUCCUGAUCAGUCUGUUCACGAACUUCUACAUCCAGACGUACAUCCGAAAGGCACGGAAGCUAAAGGCGCACUGAAGAAGGGAAAGCAGGACCGUUUUCUUGCAGCCGCAGGAUCCGGUGCAUUAAGAAAACGAGGACGGGGGCACGGCGGGACGGGACUCUGGACGGGACGGGAACACAUGGGCUUUCGGUUAUUAGAAAGUAAAAGGUUACAACAAACACACCACUACACGGCACAACCAUCGCUCCCGGUGCACACGCCAAACACGGAGCUUUAGUACUUUUGUAAAGAUUGUUUAUUUUCUGUUUUCUCUCACUCCUUCUGCGGUCCCCCUAUCACCUUUUGCCAACGGUGGAAUUUUCAUUUGCCAACUUCCGCACAGCCCUCUUGCAGUUUUGCCAAUGCCGCGUGUGCAACGCCCGGCAAAAGGGCGGCGUGAAAGUGAUUUUCUUAGUGGUAAAUAUUUAUUUUUGCAUGUCACAGAGCCACAGGAGUGUGUCCGCUGACCGUGUACGGCCGUGCGACAGAGUUCGUCACUGCUCGCUCUACGAACCAUACAACCCCCCGCCCGGCAGGCGGCCAGGGGGCUAGUGCAUGUGUCUUCGCAUAACCUGAAUAAAGCGGUGUACAGAGAGCACGGCAAAUACAUGUCGCCGGGUUGGUAGCGAAAUGAGCUCAAAAGAUAAGAGAAAGAAUGAAGCGAAGAAUGCAGAAUCGGAAGGAAGAUUCGUAGACCGUGUACCACUGCCACUGUACAUCGGUUAAUCGGUAUCAUCCCUAGCAUGGGCUGAAUGCUUAUCUCGUUUACCAAGUGUAGUUACGGUUUCUUAUCGUACGAUGCAGGAAAUCGAUCACCAGAACCACGCUGAUGACGACCCGUAACGAUUUUAACACACACCAACCGUUCAGCGAUUUACAAAGUAGCUCUGGUUACCGGGAUAAAACUGAACCACUGAAAUGCAACAAUAA